CAGCUGGUGUGCUGUAUGCAAGCCGCUUGCUCAGCGGACCCGCGCAGACUUUUCACGAUUGUUUUUUACACGGAACCAAUGGAACCGUGAAAUGGUGUUGAGGUCUACAUUCAAUUCAAACUCCAGGCAGUCGGGGACCUGUACAUUAGUUGUCGCGUAUCACCAUAACUUUCAUCGCCACUCACCGGGCAAGGCGUCAGCGUCACGCGAACCUUGGCGGCACUACUUGCGGCGUAGAUGUUACAGUCAUUCUUCGCGGUGUUGUUGGUUUCUUUUUCUGCAUGUUUCUUCGGAUGCUGCAGCCUCCACGCCGUUAUCGGACUGCUCUGCACUAGCAUCUCCACAAAAAACAUCUAUUUUUCAGGCGUACAUCACCUUCACACACAGGCACCCGUGCGUUCUCACCACACAUUACGCGGUGCUACGUCUUUCCACUCUCACCCGCGCACGGGAACAAUUCUUAUCAGCUUUCCAACUUCGUCGCCAUCUUCAUUUUUCUGUCCAUUUCACCGUUGUCGAUUAUUCUCGCUUGCGAUUCGAGCUCCCGCGCCCCCGGUGGGGGCGCUGGGGCUAUUCAGUACCCUGCUAACCAUCAUGCGGUGGUUUUCCACUGUCUCGUGAAUCCUCCCCCACCCCUAAAAGUAGCAACAGCCACACACCAUGCAAGUGUCCUUUAUUCUUUGGAAGCGUACGAUGACGUCAGCGUUUGCGCUUCUCGCAGCUCUGCUGUUCGUCGCCAACGUCCACGCUCAGGCUGCUUGCCCGGACGGUACCAACCUCUGCUUGGACCCCCACAUGAAAGGCCUCUUCGGCCAGAACAUCGACUGGUUUGGCGUCGACGGUGGAUGGUACUCCUUUGUUCGGGACCCUGACAUUGAUCUGAACGUGAAUGUGCGGCUCACGGCACCUCUCCCCGAAGAGUUCCCUGACCGCCAGCUGGUCACCGGACUCUCGGUAGUGCGGCUCACGGCACCUCUCCCCGAAGAGUUCCCUGACCGCCAGCUGGUCACCGGACUCUCGGUUAUGGCAAGGGGCCACUCGCUCGUUAUCGAGGUGCGGCCCUCGAUGCAAUGCACUGUUUAGGGGGAGGUGUGAGUGGUGGAGAUGUGCGUCGAGAGUACAUAUCUCUGCCGAGUACCUAAAUCAUCGGUGUUAUGCCUGUGUUAGAUUUUUCAGUGGGUAAUUACUGCAGACAUAUUUGCACCAACAGACCAGUCAGCCGCUGAUUCGCUGGAGUCGUCCAAUCCGUUAACCUUUUUAGCAAAAGGCUCGGUACCGACGCGGGUUCGAAUCCCAGCUACGACGCUUUUACGCCAAGUGUACACUCUUUAUACACCAUCACAAGACUGGCGAGGGGUCCGGCCGUGGAGAUCACUCUCCUCCUAGCUGGCCUUUUGAUGCGACACAACGUACGUAUUCA